UUGCGCAUAAGCUGUCGCUUCGAGCAUCCCGACCCUGACGUCUACCCACAAUACAAGAACAUUGGCCAAAGCUUAGCAAUUUUGACAAUUGACACACCUGAUUGGCUGAGGAUAGCUCAGAAUUGGUUCGACGAAGUGGAGGAUUACGACUAUGCCAGUAACAGAUGCCGAGGUGUUUGCAUUCACUACACACAGGCAAGUCGGCAGCCUUUCGUUGGCUGUGCAGCCUAUCGAUGUGACUCCAUUAGGCCAAAGGGACGGAAACCCCCUUACCUUUUGGCCUGCCAAUACAAACCAAAAGGAAAUUUGCAUGGACAGAAGCCGUAUGAAAGUGGACGCAGUUGCAGUAAAUGCCCCAAGGGAUCAGUGUGCAAGCGCAAUCUCUGCGUGCCGAGACAGCCAGUCACCGAAGAGAGGCCAAACAAUCGGAGGGAGCCAGUUCAACCACGCGAAGUUGAAAGGGAAGACCCUAUGCGAAAGUGCUUAGCUCGACGUACCCGUCCUGAUUCGCUCGACCGCUAA